AUUUAGAUGAGCAAUCCGCCAAUUUGUAAAAGUGUUGGUCCUUAUCAAAUCGAUAUGACUUAAUCAUUAGGUAAAGGUACUUUUGGGGUGGUAUAUUUGGGAAAAGAAAUAAAAUCAUAAGAAAUAGUAGCAGUUAAAGUUAUCAAUUUAAAAGGGAAUGAGAAAUAACUUGAUUCAAUUGCUAAAUUAUGUUAGAAUGAAUACUAAAUAAUGCAACGUUUACAACAUUCUAAUCUAGUUAAAUUAUAUUAAUUCUAAAGAACUUAAAACAAUAUGUAUUUCAUGAUGGAAUAUUGUGAAGGAGGAACUUUGGAUUCAUAUAUUGCUAGAAAAUGUCCUCAUAAAAAUUAAUUGAAAUUUUUAGCAGAAUCAGAAGCUAGAAUUAUCUUAAGUCAAAUAGUUAAUGGCUAUAAAGCAAUGUAUGAUUAAAAUAUAGUUCAUCGAGAUUUAAAACCCAGCAAUAUACUUAUGAAUAAAGGUGUUGCCAAAAUUUCAGAUUUUGGUUUUAGUAAAAUCUUAUUUGAUUUUGAAAACUAAGUCCUUUAAACCUUUGCUGGUACACCAUUAUAUAUGUCUCCUCAGAUUUUAAAUCCUUAAUUUUAAAGAUAAUAUUCUACCAAAACAGAUAUUUGGUCAUUAGGAAUUAUUUUUUAUGAAGUACUAUAUGGAUAAACACCUUGGAGGGCUACUUCAUUUUAAGAACUUAUGGUUAAAAUAUAAUAAGUACCAAUCAAAUUCCCAUCAAUACCUAAAGUUUCAGAUUAGAUGAAAUAAAUUAUUUCAAAAAUGCUUAAAGUAGAGGAAAAAGAUAGAAUGAGUUGGGAUGAAUUAUUUCAAUUAUAAAUCUAACAAGAUCAAGAAUCUUUAGUAAAUAUAAAUAAAAGUGUUAUUAUGAUUAAUCAAGAAAAAGAUAUCCUGAAAAAAAAAAAUCUAGAAAAAAACUUAAAUAGAGGAAUAGCCUAAAAUAUACAACAUGGAAUUUAGUAAUAAGAAAAGGUAGAAAAAAUCUAAGCAAAAAUAAAUUAAAAUUCAUAAGCAACAACAGAUUCUUCCUAAACUUCGGUUAGUCCUCCGAGAAAAGAAAAAAUUUUUUCUUAAAAAGAAAAAUCUGUUUCUCCUAUUAAAACUCUUGCUAAUUUUAAUUAAACUUAAAAUGCCUUAGGAAAAGAAUAAUAAGAAUAGAUUAAAAAUAAUUCUUUAAUCAAAAAAAUCUCAGAUUGGAUUAUACAUAAAAAAAAUAAAUCGGAAUUUUUAAAUCGACUUUCUCAAUAAUUAUUUGAGUAAUGGUCAGCAUGUAAUAAUAAUUUUAUUCUUUAUAGAAAAAUUUUAACUACAUUCAAGUAUUUAUCUUGGAAUUUGCUUUUUGUUAACAAAAUAUUAAGUGAUAAUUUUAUAUAAGAUUUUAACAAGAUUAUCAAAAAAGACUUUAAACAAGUAACAAAAAUAUCUAUAUAAUUAGUACAACCAACAGAUUUAGUGAAAAUGAAUGGUAUAUAUUUUGUUAAAGCAAAAAUUAUUCUGAUUCAUUAAAAAUUAUAAAGAAAGAUUAUAUUUUAAUAAGAGAAUUUUUAAUUGAAUUAGUUAAAAGAACAUAAUAAGCUCUAUUUGAAACUUAAAUUGAGGAAAUGAAAUUAAUUAAUUCUAUUGCAAAUAUUGAAUGGGUAGAAAAAAGUAAAUUUGAUAAAAUUUUCUAAACUGGCUUAUUAUAUUAUCGUAAAAUCGUUUUGGAUUAAUUGAACAAAGAAAAGAAUGAUAGAAGCUAUUUGGAAUUUGCGGUUCGUUUAAAUGAUUGUUGUAGAAUACAUGAUAUUUUAAAAUUCUAAGAAAUAGAUUUCUUUAAAUAUGAAGAUGACAUAACCAAUUCUUCAAACUAAUAAUUAUUAGAGUAAUUGUAAAAAUGA